AUGACGGAUCAGAAAGGUAAGGAGGGAAUAAAGAUCGUGAUCAUCAACACUCAGUAUGUCCAGGCCGACCCCAAGAACUUCAAGUCGGUCGUGCAGAAGCUGACCGGGAAAGAUUCGAAGGUGCCCGGCUCACCAGAUGCCGAGAACAGCACGGUGGGGACGGAAGGAGCUCGAUUGGGUGUAGGGGAUUGCGGAAGCGUUUCAAGGAAUCUGUCCUUCAAGUGCGACCUGGACAGGAUGCUCAAGGAGAUGCCACCUUUGAGUGAGUUCAAUGAUCUGUGGUCUGUGGAGUAA